AACACUCCAUAUGCAUUGUAAAUUGUGAAAGUGAGCAGUGGGACGAUUUCAGAGGGAACUGUACACACACACACACACACACACAAAUUGAGGCAUAGUGUAGGCCAGGGCUAGACUGGGACAAAAAAUCAGCAUUUUUGGUCCAGGCGGCCCACCACUACAAUCCAGAAUCGGUCCAGUCGGACGUAUAUAUAUCCAUAUAUAUACACUGUUGUUCAAAAUAGACACACACACACACACACUGUGUGUGUUUAUGUGUGUGUAUACAUACUGUGUAUACCAGUUUAAGUGGACCAGUUUACUCACUCGGUCUUUACUUACUCUCUGGUGAUCUGAGGUGGCAAAUCUCCAUGCUCUAGUAAAACUGUCAAAGAAAAGAAGCUUAAGGUCAAAGUAGUGAUCAACUAUUCAACAUUGAGUAUGUUCGCCUCAUACCUCCAGGGUCCGGGGUUUGAUUCCCGCUGCGGCCCUGUGGGUGCGGAGUUUGCAUGUUCUCCCCGUGCUGCGGGGGUUUCCUCCGGGUACUCUGGUUUCCUUCCCCCAGUCCAAAGACAUGCAUGGUAGGUGCAUGAUUGGCACGUCCAAAGUGUCCGUAGUUUAUGAAUGCGUGUGUGAAUGUGUAUGUGAUUGUGCCCUGCAAUGGAUUGGCACCCUGUCCAGGGUGUACCCCGCCUUGUGCCCCAUGCUCCCUGGGAUAGGCUCCAGGUUCCCCGUGACCCUGUAGGAUAAGCGGUGUAGAAAAUAGAUGGAUGUCCUUUGGAUAAUAGAUGAUGAAUAUACCUUAACGUUUACACAAGAAGAUGCUGUGUUGUGAGGGAGAGCGGGACAUAUUUGAAAAGGCCGGGUGAACGGAGUAUCUGCCGCCAGCCAAUCGGAAAUCCCUGAGUGGCACCAAUGGAGAGUAAGGGAGGAUCUCUACCUGCAAUGCCUGAGCCAAAGAACCCCACCAGUAUGAAACAGUUAUCUGAUUCACCGUGUGGAUGUAAGGGACGAGGUGAUGGAAGCACAGAUCCCGCUCUUCUAAUGGAUAAAGCUGCAACUCAGUUAGCAGCCACGCCCCACGAUGGUGUCUUGCAGAAGAUGGGCAACCACAACCACACUCACGAACAUCUGAAGGAUCUGACAUCUCGUUUCUUCAACGGUGAGCAGGAGACUGUGUCGAAGUUCUGCACGGCCCCUCCUGGAUCGCCCCUCCAUAAAGCAGUAGAGUCUGGACCUCAGCAUGGCAGCCCUCAAAGGAAGUCUGACUCCUCCCCUGAGCUCACACUCAAAAUAACCAAACAUUUACCUAAUGGAAAAUCGCCACCACCGUGCAGGUAUGAUGCUAGCUAUGGGGAAGAUAUCACGGAGGAAACAAAUGCAGCUUUAAGUUUAGCAGAAGGCAUGCUGGCUCCUGCAAGUGCCACAAACGAAGGGAGCAAGUCGAGGGGACCAGUGAAAAAAGUGCCACCGAGCAGACGGCACCCCGUCGACUCUGCUGUUAAUGGCACCGAGAGAUCAACUUUCACACACAUUAUCGUAGAACCAUGUGACAAGCCCAGAGAGUCAUAUGACCUUGCUCCUGACUCCGAUGUCCUGACUUCUGAAUCCAGUGAUGCUAUUGUGCCUUCCUGUGUAACUUCUAAUGGCAUGCCUAUGUUGGAUGCUGAGGAGGAUAAUAGCGUUCAGGAUGUGAAUGAUGUUAAGACAUUAAUAACAGAAAAGCAACCUCAUGUGCAGUUUUCCGUGGGAGAUGUUGUCUGGGCUAAAGUGUCUGGAUACCCAUGGUGGCCAUGCAUGAUCACUACAGACCCAGAGUUCAACCUUCACUUCAGGCAGAAAGCAAACAACUGCAGGGGAUUAUUGUACCAUAUACAGUAUUUUAGCGACACGCCAGAGAGAGGAUAUAUCGCUGGGAAGAACUUGGUCGUAUUCUCUGAGAAAGAACAAUACCAGACACUGUGCUGUGGAAAUAAAAAAUCCACUGAUGGCAAGAAGCUGAUGAUUCCACGUAAGGUGCGGAUACCAUGGGAUACAGGCAUCUCCCAGGCAACAGAGGCAGUAGCUUUACCUGUAGAGGAGCGCCUGGCCAAGUUCAGCUUCACAUACGAGGGCAGCCAGCCGCGGUUCAACUCUCGCAUGCUGCAAGAACUCCAGUGCAAACGGGAACAGCAACAGCAGAGUCGUGGAGAAUUUCCAGAUACACCUAGCCUCACUCCACCAGACUCCACUCAGUCAAGCCCCAUCACUGUACAGUUACUGAGUAACCAUUUUACUCCCCUCCUUCCCACCAACAGCAGCACUUCAGCAAGGAAAACACCCCUUGCUACUAAAGCACCUAAAGCCCCAGCCAGCAGGGGGCAAUGGAUCCAGAAGGAACAGAAUGUCCUUUUCAAAAGGAGAAAGAAAAUCAAUCCUGUCGUAGUUCUCCCUAAUAUUGACUCUGUUGUACAGGAUAUGCCCAUUGCUGCAGAUAAACUUGAGCCUAAUAAGAUGAAAAUGAAUAAAUCUGGGAUAUUCACAAAAGCAUCAUCACUGAAACAGGAUGUCCUAUUUGCUGAAAUUGACCCUCAGUUGAAAGCGUCCCAGAAGAAACAAGGAAAACUCAAACAGAAGUUUCCAGCUGCACCAAACUCCCUGAAAAGGAAGAAAAUUAAGGCAUCUGCUGUUAUUGCUGAAAGACUGAAUGCUGAAUUACUAAAGCCAGUGGUUUUGGGUGAGAAUGAUGCUGAAGUCUGCAAGAUGAAGAGAAAACUAAAAAAGGACAAGGCAGAUGCUGUCUUGAAAGUUAUGAAGGCCUCGAAGCGUGCAUUUGAAGAGAUUAAUGUGGAGGAUGUACCUCAACCCAGGAAAAAAGCCAAGCUCGGGGACGGUUAUAAAUGGCACGAGACGCUAAAGGCACAGAAACCUGAACCUCAAGUCAGUAUACAAAGGCAAAAGAGGCAAAAAUCUGCCAUCACCCAGAAAAGAAAGAGACCCAAAACACCAAUGUCAGUGGAGGAGCCUCAAAACAAGGCCAGAUGGGGUAGGAAGAAAAAGCAGGACCCUAGCAACCUGUCGCUACCAGUUUCAUCCAAGAAGCACGGCCCAUCAUCCCAGACUUCAUAUCAGGAGAGACCUGAUUCUCCCACUGAUGAAGCCCAUGCUACCAGGAAGGCAGAUCGCAGUGUCAAUAAUAAAAAAGAGAGUGUGUGUCAGGUUUGUGAAAAGACAAGCGAGGACCUGGUGACAUGUGAAGGACAAUGCUAUGGUUCAUACCACCUGCAGUGUAUGGAUUUGGACCAAUCAUCAGACAAGGUGCUCUGCACUGCCUGCCGCACAGGAGUGCAUACAUGUUUCACUUGUAAGAAGUCUGAAGGGGAGGUGAAGCGCUGCAGUGUCUUACACUGUGGACGAUUCUAUCACGAGGCAUGCUUGCGGUUAAGUGCUUUGACUGUUUUUGAUAACCGCGGAUUCCGAUGCCCCCUACACACUUGCCUCAGCUGUCACUGCAGCGGCCGUGGCACAGCAAAAGCUACCAAAGGGAAGGUGAUUCGCUGUCUGCGCUGCCCAGUAGCAUACCACACUGGAGACCUGUGCAUAGCUGCAGGAAGUGAGAUGCUGACCUCUACUACUAUGUUAUGUACCAACCACUUCAACCCUAAGAAAGGCUACAGGCAUCGUACACAUGUCAAUGUCAGCUGGUGUUUCAUCUGCUCUAAUGGUGGCAGACUCCUGUGCUGUGAAUCAUGUCCAGCUGCCUUUCACCCUGACUGUUUAAAUAUCACCAUGCCUGAUGGCAGCUGGUUCUGUUAUGACUGCCGCUCAGGCAAGAAGCCCAAGUACAGAGACAUCAUCUGGGUCAAACUGGGCAGUUACAGAUGGUGGCCAGCAGAAAUCCGUCACCCCAGGAACGUCCCUACGAAUAUCCAGCACCUACGUCACGAAAUUGGAGAGUUCCCUGUUUACUUUUUUGGAUCGAAAGAUUACUACUGGACACACCAGGGACGUGUGUUCCCUUAUAUGGAGGGGGACAGGGUGAGCAAACACCAGAAGACUACCAUUGGGAAGGUCUUUAAGAAUGCUGUGGUGGAGGCUGAGGCUCGGUUUAAGCAGAUCAAAAUGGAGAGAGAAGCUAAAGAGGCCCAGGAGAACAACAGGAAACCCCCUCCAUACAAAUAUAUCAAGGUCAACAAACCAGUCGGGCGCGUGCAGAUUUACACGGCCGACAUCUCCGAGAUCCCCAAGUGCAACUGUAAGCCAAGCGAUGAGCGGCCGUGCAGCUUUGAGUCGGAGUGCCUGAAUCGCAUGCUGCUGUACGAGUGUCACCCUCAGGUGUGUCCGGCUGGAGACCGCUGCAUGAACCAGGACUUCACCAAGCGCCUCUACCCUGAGACCAAGAUCAUUCGCACAGCUGGCAAGGGCUGGGGUCUCGUUUCUCUCCGAGACAUCAAGAAGGGGGAGUUUGUGAAUGAGUAUGUGGGGGAGCUAAUCGAUGAGGAAGAGUGCAGAGCGAGGAUCAAAUACGCCCAGGAAAAUGACAUCACACAUUUCUACAUGCUCACCAUUGACAAGGACCGGAUCAUUGAUGCAGGCCCUAAAGGGAACUACUCCCGCUUCAUGAACCACAGCUGCCAGCCCAACUGUGAGACUCAGAAGUGGACUGUGAACGGAGACACACGUGUGGGACUGUUUGCUGUGUGCGACAUUCCAGCAGGCACCGAAUUGACUUUUAACUAUAAUCUGGACUGUCUUGGGAAUGAGAAGACUGUUUGUCGCUGUGGUGCACCCAACUGCAGUGGCUUCCUCGGGGAUCGACCCAAGAUCACCCCCACGUCGGAGCCCAAAGCCAAGCUACAGAAGAAAAAACCGAGGCGGAAGCGUGCUCGAAGUGAAGGGAAGAAGCAAUCUGAGGACGAGUGUUUCCGUUGUGGCGAUGGAGGACAGCUGGUUUUGUGUGACCGCAAGGGCUGCACUAAAGCUUACCACUUGUCUUGCCUGGAUCGCACUAAGAGACCGUUUGGUCGUUGGGAUUGCCCCUGGCACCACUGUGAUGUAUGUGGCAAACCAUCUGAUGCUUUCUGCCAGCUGUGUCCCAACUCCUUCUGUAAGACCCAUGAGGAGGGCACGCUGAGACCACACCCCAGCAGCAGCCAGCUGUGCUGCCAAGAGCACGACGACUCGGACCUGCAGUCUACAGCAGCGGCCACCAAGAAGUCUGAUCUCACCACUAAACCUGCCAAACGCGGCCGCAAACCCGGAACCAGGGGCAGCACCGACUCUACAGCCAAGAAGCGCUCCAGGAAACAUUGUAACAAGCAGCAGAAGGGUCGAGCUGGCGAAAGUGUUCCUCCUCUCUUGCCCCUUCCCUCCACGCCCUCCCCAUGAUUCAGUGGUAUUGAUAUGAACAUGACUGAUCUCCCAAACUGAAAGCACUGUGUCUGAUCAGGGAAGAGUAUCUGAACACUGUAGAGCUCAACGAAGCUGCCAUCAGGUUCCUACACCCCCGCCUCCCCUCUCCCCCCUCACUCAAAACCGCGUGUGGGAGCCACCACACCAAACAGCCUCAUUACUACACAGCAUUAUGGAGGCCAAACUUGAAAUUUUUUUUUUUACACCAGUUUUUAAUCGUUCAGAUAGAUUAUUUGUUUAAUUUUUUAACAGUAGAUAUGUAUAUGAAAAUGUAUAUGAAAGACCAAAAUUAUAAUAAUACUGGAAUUACUGAUAGUAACAGAUGCCAAUGUGUAGUUUUUUUUUUGUUUGUUUUUUUUCAGUUGUACCGUUAAAUGUAAGACACUAUGGAUAGCCCUUGAAUUGUUUUUAUAGUUAACAUAGAGUGCAUUUAACUAUA